AUGAACACCGAAUUCUACGGCAUCAGCCAGAGCGACUGGACUCGCAUCAAGGCAUGGAAUGCGCACUGUCCCGAGGCUAUCGACUAUACUCUCCAUGAUCUCAUCCAUCUCCGGACGCAAUUCCAACCCACGUUGCCCGCCAUCCAGGCCUGGGAUGGCCGGCUCACGUAUGCCGCGCUGGACACCGUCACUACGCGCCUGGCGCACUGGCUGGGGACACAGGGGGUCCAGCCUGGCUCACGCGUGCCCAUCGCUUUCAUCAAGUCUUCGUGGGCGGUCGUCGCGAUGAUCGCCGUCAUGAAGGCUGGCGGCGCCUUCCUUCCGCUCGACUGGUCCCAGCCUGCCAGUCGCACGCUGGAGGUCCUGGACCAGGUCCAGCCCACGGUGCUGUUAGCUUCGACCUCGCUUCUCGACCGCCUCUCAGGCAUGCGGUUGCAGACGCGACUGGUCGCGGUGGAUCAGAGUCUGGUGGAUUCCCUGCCUAUCGACGACCGUCCAUUGAAGCGGUUGGUCUCGCCGACCGAUCCGGCUCUUUGCAUGUACACAUCGGGCAGCACAGGCCGACCCACUGGGGUCCUGAUCCAACACAGGGCCAUCGCAACGGUGAGUGUGAGGGUUGGCCCGAGCUAUCAGUAUGGGCCCCAGUCGCGCGUGGCCCAGUUUGCCGCCUACAUUUGGCUGGUGUGCGCCAACGAGAUCUUCACGACCUUGGUCUGGGGCGGGCAGGUUUGCAUCCCCUCGGAAUCCCAGCGACUCGAUGACCCUACUGGUUUCAUUCGCGAUCACGGAAUCUCCCUAAUCCAUGCCACCCCUGCUUUUCUGACCUCCAUCCAGCCCGAGGAUGUUCCCUCGGUGCAGGUCAUUGGAAUCGGCGGCGAUCGGGUCCCCGAGGAAUUGGCGAGGAAGUGGUCCCAGUUCGCACACGUGGUUCUGGGUUAUGGGUCUACAGAAACGAACCUGUGUAUCAACCAUCCCUUUCGUCAGAUGGAGGAGGAGGAGGAGGAGGAGAAGAAGGAGGAGAGAAUGGCGGGUACUCUGGCGGGGAAGCCCGUUGGCGCAGUGGCAUGGAUAGUGAAGGCUGGGAACCACGAGGAAUUGUGUCCCAUUGGCGAAAUCGGCGAUCUGGUGAUCGAGAGCCACGGGCUUGCACUGCAGUAUCUUGGUCAAGAAUCGAAGACGGCCGACACUUUCAUCACUCCUCCGGCCUGGAGUCGAACAAUCCGCCCACGUGGAGAGACGCGAUGGUGUAAAAUAGGAGAUAAAGCCUCGUACGGCACCGACGGCUCGAUUAGGAUCCACGGCCGAAAUGGCAGUGUUGUGAAGGUUCGGGGCCAGCGCGUGGGAUUGCCUGAGGUCCAGCGCGCCUUGGAUAAAUGCCUAUCCCUGCCCAGUGUCGGGAUCGUAGAGGCUAUCAAGCUCAAAGCAGUCGAGGGGGAGGAGGCUCGACUGGUGGCUUUCCUCUUGACUCCCGGCACAAACUUGGAUGCAAUAAGUCCAGGACUGAAAGACCGUCUUUCCUCACUUCUUCCGGAGUACAUGCUACCCACUGCAUUUCUCCCCCUCGCUGAAAUUCCAAUGACAGCGAGUGGGAAGAUUGACCGACCGCGACUACAUGAGCUCGCUUCCUCCCUGAGCGUUGCAGACCUGGCAACCUGGGCCCCGCGCAGUCACGAAACCAGUGAGCCAACCUCGGUAAAGCUGACUGCUGAGGAGCUGCUUCUGCGAGAGAUGUGGUCGAAGAUCCUCAAUGUACCGGCCAACCGCAUUUCAGCCCAUGACGAGUUCUUCAGUUUAGGCGGGCACUCCGUGUCGGCGAUCCAGCUGGUGACUCUCGCACGACGUGCAGGAGUGAGCCUGUCGGUAGAAGGAAUAUUCAAGAACCCUCAUCUUUCCAGCAUGGCUCUGGUAACCGAACCCAUGUCUACAGACGAGACAGCUACCGAACAGAUUUUGCCUUUUGCUUUGCUUGAGGGAACUCCUUUACUGAAGGAGCGUAUCAUAGAUGAGAUCAUCUCCACCACAUCCAUCUCAUUGUCUGAGAUCGAAGAUAUAUACCCUUGUACCAGCCUACAAGCGGGUCUCUUCUCGUCAUCUUUGAGGAAUCCAGGCACCUAUAUCAUCACAUCCAGGAUGUCCCUGCCGGACACCAUUGAUGUAGAGCGACUCGAGAGGGCAUGGCGGAUGGUGGUCUUCAAGACGCCUAUUCUUCGAACUCGGCUGGCUCACACUUCAGCGGGAUUUGUCCAAGUCGUGCUCAAAAAUGAUUUUGACUGGCAAAUGAUGGCCAUCCCAAGAUCCCCGCCAUCUGAAGAGGAGAAUCCGCAUGAGCUUCAUUCGGGCGAGCGGCUCACCCAUUAUCGUGUGACAAGGCAACAAGAUACCGAGCCAAGACUCUUUACGUGGGAGAUCCACCAUGCGCUGAUCGACGCCUGGUCGCAGCAAGCGGUUCUGCGGAUGGUAGAAGCAGAAUAUCGCAACCAUCCAGCGACCCGUGAGACUUGCCAUGGCCAUUUCAGCUCUUUCAUCAAGUAUGUCCUCCAGAAGGAGAGGGACGUUGGCACCGCCCAGUACUGGAGACACCAACUGGCUGGAGCUGCAGCUUUGCCCUGGCCUCCUCUUCCAUACCCGAGAUACCAACCUAUUGGAGACUCAAUCAUCCGCCGAAGGAUCUCCUUCGCUCCUCGAGCAAAGGGGUCCUCAUUCACAACGGCAACUGUAAUACGCGCAGCGUGGGCAUUACUGUUGACCCAGUACGGAAACACAAACGAUGUGAUCUUUGGGGCCACAGUGAGCGGGCGAGAGUCCCCAGUGCCCCAUAUCGAGGAUAUCAUCGGGCCAACCAUUGCGACCUCGCCGGUACGGUUGCAGAUUGAUCGAUCCCAGCCCGUUCAUACGUUUCUCCAAAUCGUCCAAGCUCACGCGGUGGAUAUGAUGCCAUUUGAGAGUUUUGGACUGCACAAUAUCCGCCGCCUAGACCCGGAGAUUGCGCACGCCUGCGAUUUCCAAACUCUACUAGUCAUUCGUUCCUCCAAUGAGGGGGAGGAGCAGGAGCUAUUGGGGGAGCAGUUCCAGGUCGAGGCGUGGGAUGGGUCCCUGACAUACGCUCUAACCCUGGAAUGUGCCUUGCUGGAGGACGGUGGGGCUUCGUGUCAAGCCACCUUUGACCAGCAAGUCCUUCCACCGGCCCAGAUCGACCUUAUCCUAGGCCAGCUAGAGCACGUAUGUCGUUUGCUUGGCUCCGAGAAUAGCAGCGAGACUUGCAUCCAUGACCUGGAUCUGUUGAGCCAAUCCGAUCGGGAGUUGAUUUGGGGUUGGAACUCGACCCUGCCGCCGACCAUCAACCGAUGCAUCCAUGAUGUCUUCCGGGACGAGGUGGAGCACCAUCCGGAUGCGGUGGCUAUUGAUGCAUGGGAUGGAUCCUUGACCUACAGGCAGUUGGAUGAGCUCGCGACCAGCCUAGCUCAUCUCUUGCAAGGCUCCGAGGGCAUCGCAGUGGAGGACAUCGUGCCAGUCUGCUUUCGCAAGUCGAAAUGGACCAUCGUAGCCAUGCUGGCCCUGUGGAAGGCCGGAGGAGCCUUCGCCUCCAUUGACGCCGGUCACCCCGCGUCCUGGAUUAGAAUGAUCAGCAACAAUGUCCAGGCCAAGCUAGCCCUAUGCUCCCAGGAGGUUGCGCAGUCUUUUCCAGAGGGCACGCGUGUUCUAAUCGUCGAUGAGGCGCUCCUAGACCGCAUUCCGCAAGUUCAGAGCCCACUCACCGUAAGUGUUCAGCCUGAGAACGUGGCGUAUGUGAUCCACACCUCAGGGAGCACGGGCGUACCCAAGGGCAUUGUACACGAGCAUCGCACCUACAUCUCAGGCGUGGUGAACCGGAUGCCCUCCAUGUUUCGCAGCCGCCACUCGCGCGCCCUGCAGUUUGCAUCCUACAGCUUUGACGUUUCCGUCGAGGAUAUUUGGACGACCCUGCUGGUGGGUGGAGUUGUUUGCGUGCCCUCCGAUCACGAUCGUGUCAAUGACCUGGUCAAUUACAUGAAUCGCACUAAAGUCAACUACGCCGAACUGACCCCAUCUUUCACCCGAACACUAUCCCCAGACUCUCUACCGCACCUGAAAAUCCUCUCUUUGAGCGGGGAAGCCUCCACAGACGUGGACCGCGAUCUCUGGGUAUCUCAUGUUACCCUGCUAGACGAAUAUGGUCCUGCUGAGAUUGCCAUCAAGAGCCACCUCAAACAGAAGCAGCCUGAUUCCAUGGCGUCCGACAAAGGACAGAGCGUGGCGUGUCUCAGCUGGAUCGUUAACAUCGAAGAUCAUCACAAGCUACAGAUGGCUGGGGCUGUCGGGGAGCUAGUACUUGAGGGCCCUAUCCUCUCGCGGGGGUAUCUCAACCAGCCCACCAAGACCCGCGAGGUGUACAUUGACAACCCGGCGUGGCUGCCGGCCUCGCGAUACGGCCCUCGACGGCUGUUCCGGACCGGAGAUCUCGCGCGAUAUAAUCCCGAUGGGACGGUCCAUAUUCUCGGGCGCAAGGAUACCCAAGUCAAGCUCCGGGGCCAUCGGAUCGAGCUCAGCCAGGUAGAGUACCAUGCGCGCCAACAGCUGCCACCGCAUGUCGAAGUCGUCUGUGAGCUUGUCACGCUGGAAAGCGGCAGCAAAAAUGGUAAUAUUGUCCUCUUCGUCUGCAGUGACCCAGCCCAUGGGGCAUUGAGCCGGGAGACUGUCAUGUCAUUUAUCGACGCGCUGCGAGAUCCCCUGAGCGCCGCCCUCCCUACCUACAUGGUUCCAUCCGCACUGGUGGCGUUGGAUGUCCUGCCCGUCAACAUGUCCAGGAAAGUGGACCGGAUGAAGUUGAAGUCCAUUGCAGGGACGAUGCCCACGGAACAGAUCUUUUACUUCUCGUCGACCACAUCCCACUCAAAGCGAGAGCCUCAAACCGCCAGCGAGCGUCAGCUGCAGGCUCUUUGGGCCCAGGUGUUCGAGACCAAUUCCUCCACCAUCAGCGCAGAAGAUAGCUUCCUCGAACGCGGCGGAGAUUCAAUCCUGGCCAUCAAGCUGGUCUCGCUGGCUGGUCGAGCGCCGGAUGCCCCAAAGCUCACAGUGCGUCAGAUCUUCCAAUAUCCGGUUCUAUGUGACCUGGCUGCCGCGAUGGAUGAUCAGCCGACAACCGCUGUUGCAGCCCCGCCGGCAUCAUCGGUUCCUUUUGACUGUUUGGCGCGAGAGACCAUUACGGUGAUCAAGGAGGAGGUAGCGCAGGUCUGCUCCGUGCUGCCGGAGAAGAUUGACGAUAUAUAUCCUUGCAGCCCCUUGCAAGAAGGUUUGAUGGCGCUGUCAGAAAAGAACCCAGGAACAUAUAUUUCACGGCUGGUGUUCGACGUGCGCCCCGACGUCAAUCUUGAUAAGUUUCAUCACGCAUGGUCACAAGUCUAUGCUCGUACGGCUACCCUACGUACCCGUAUCGUGCAAUUAGAGAAUCAAAUGCUCCAAGUGGUAGUCCGAGGCUCGUUGGCGUGGGAUUCUGCAGGUACUGUGGAAGAAUUCUUGAACCGCACGUCCGACCUGACCAUGGGGUCGGGUCAGCCUCUGUUUCAAUGUGGAAUCGUACAUCGACUCGAUAGCAGCCCAUGUCUCGUUCUUGUCGCGCAUCACGCCAUUUAUGACGGGUGGUCGAUGCCUCUCUUGCUUGACCAGGUUACCCAGGCGUAUAAUGACGAGCCCCCGUGGGAUCAGCCUGUGCCGGAAUUUAAGCAAUUUAUCAAGUACCUGGGGACGAUCGACCGAGAUCAGCAUGCGGCCUACUGGAGGGACCAGCUUCAAGGAGCGGCGCAGUCAACUAGCUACCCCCCUUGCCCUAAAGCAGACUAUGUUCCACUACCCGACCAGACGAUUGUGCGCGAGAUGGAUCUUCCGUCUGGACCCGGAGGGGAGAUCACCACCCUGCCUACAUUGCUGCGUGCAGCGUGGGUGCUGCUGGCAGCCAGACAGACUGACUCGCAGGAUGUGGUCUUUGGAGCCACGCUUAGUGGCCGGAAUGCCCCCGUGCCGCAGAUUAAUGCAAUGGUCGGACCAGUCUUUGCCACGGUGCCGAUUCGAGUGCGUCUAUCUCUCGCCUGGACGGUGCACGACUUCAUCCGACGGGCGCAUGGCCAGGCCCUGGAGAUGAUGGAGUUCGAACAUCUGGGGUUACCUGAUAUCCAGAGGAUCAACGCCGACACCCGUGCAGCCUGCAACUUCGGCACUCUUCUGGUGAUGCAGACCCCGACAGCACACGUUGACGGCGAUACACCACGCCUGCUGAGCCAGCGAGAGGACCAGCGUCUGCGCGGCGAUUACUCGGCCUUCAAUCCGUACCCAGCUAUGCUUCAGUUCUUCCCCCUGGCCAAAGAUCGACUGGCCAUGAACCUGAACUUUGACUCGCGGAUACUGACUCCGGACGAAGCACAACGCGCACUGGACCAGCUUGCGCAUAUUAUUGUUUGCUUCUGCACCAGUUCGCCGGAAAUUACAUUGGACGAGUUACCAUUCUUGACUGACAAUGACAAAGCGACCAUCCUCAGGUGGAAUGCAAACGGUAUUGCCCCUGCGAUGGUUGCUGGAUGCGUCCACGACUACAUAGAAGCCCGAAGUCAGAGGCACCCCGACAAGAUUGCCAUUGAGGCUUGGGACGGCGUGCUUUCGUACGGCGAUUUAAUUCACCUCUCCGGGAUCGUGGCGCAACAGCUUCUCGCGUCCGGGGUAACGGCGGAGGACAUAAUCCCCGUCUGCUUCGAGAAAUCCCAGUACACGGCAGUGGCCAUGCUGGGGGUUCUCAAGGCCGGGGCAGCCUUCAGUCUCCUGGACCCAGGACAUCCAGUCGAACGGCUGCGCCGGAUUGCAGAUGAGGCCCAUGCCAAGAUCAUCGUCACCUCCGUCGACUGUGCCCGGCUGUUCGUGAACGAUGGCUCGGGCCGGGUGGUCAUCACGGUCUCUCGUGAGACCGCGCAUCUCGCCCAGACCAUACAACGGUUGCGACAGCCACUCGUCGCGUCUGACCCGACCCAUCUGGCAUGCCUGGUCUUCACAUCAGGCAGUACCGGCACGCCGAAGGGCAUCAUGCUGCAGCACGCGGCGAUCUGCACGAGCGCCCUGACUCACGGGCCGGCGCUGGGCCUGGACGAGAAUUCGCGAGUUCUGCAGUUCGCAUCGCACGCGUUCGACAUGGCGGUCUACGACUUCUGUACCACAUUGAUGCUCGGUGGCUGCGUCUGCAUCCCCUCCGACGAGGACAAGAUGAACCACGUGAACCGCGCGAUCGCCAGCCUGGCAGCCAACUGGGCCUUCUUCACCCCGUCGACAGCUACCCUGCUGAUACCGGACGAGGUCCCCUCGCUGCGCACCCUGGUCCUGGGAGGGGAGUCCGUGACCCAAGAAAUUCUCGAUACCUGGGUCAGCCGGGUCAAUGUCUAUCAGUGCUCCGGCCCCGCCGAAACGACCACCUGCAUCGGGGGCAAAAUGCAGCCAGGCAGCGCGAAAAACUGUCUGGGCAAGGGCCUGGGCGCGUUGUCGUGGGUGGUCGACCCGGCAAAUCAUGACAUCCUCCUCCCGAUAGGUCUCGUCGGCGAGAUGGUCCUGGAGGGCCCGGUGCUCGCGCGAGGCUACCUUAACAGCCAUGACCAAACCAGUGCGCAAUUCUUCACGAACCCGUCUUGGGCGAGGGGGCAAGGGCCCUCUUCCACCAAACCACGCCGAUUCUACAAGACAGGUGACCUGGUCAGGUACGGUGCCGAUGGGAGUCUCUUGUUCAUGGGUCGCAAGGAUACCCAGGUCAAGAUACGGGGCCAACGAGUCGAGGUGAACGAGAUUGAGGACUGUAUUCGAUCCCAUAGCCGAGGCUGGGAGGUGGCCGUCGACGUUGUUGAAUCCGGCCACCCGGGCCAAAGCAGGAAGCUCGCCGCAUUUCUGGUCCACCACCCCGGCCAGCAUCCUGCUUCUGGGCACGAAGACCCAGAUUCGGCCUUGUUGGUCGCGGAACCCGCCCCAGACUGGAAUUCUGCGGUGUGUGCGCUGGCGCAGCAUCUGUCUGCUCAGCUGCCCAGUUAUAUGAUUCCGGCCGCCUUCGUCCCCCUGAGGCACCUGCCAUCGAGCACCUCGGGUAAAGUCGAUCGCAAGGCCCUCCGGGCGUUGGGACUUUCUCUCAGUCCAGAGCAGCUGGGAGCCAUGGCGGCGGCCGACGAGGUGGUGGAGAUCGUCGUGCCCAGCACCCCCGCAGAGCUCAAAAUGCGGAAUCUGUGGGCGACGGUGUUGCACCUCGACGGGUCCGCAAUUGCCGCCAGCGAUAACUUCUUCGCUUUGGGUGGCGACUCCCUUCUGGCUAUGAGGCUUGUGGCAUCCGGCCGUCGUGUCGGUAUCACCCUGACUGUGGCCGGGAUAUUCAACACUCCUGUUCUCCAGGACAUGGCCAAGUCUGUCCAGAUACAACCGGUCCGUGACGACGAGGAGGACGAGCAGGAGGAGGACGGAGUCCGCGCCACAAAUGCAGUGGCAUUUGAGUGCAUCGCACAUCUUGGGCCGUUGGAUGAACUCAUAUCCGAAGUAGCGGAUGCAUGUGGGCGAGGAAAGAACAUUGUCGACAUUUUACCAUGCACGCCGUUGCAGGCCGGGUUAAUGGCACUUUCCGUGCGCAAGACCGGUUCGUACAUCGCGCAGGAGGUGUACCGCAUCCAACCCGGUGUUGACAUCCCACGGUUUCAAAAGGCCUGUGAAGCGGCGGUGGAGGCAUACCCGAUUCUCCGGACUUCCAUCGUCCAACUCUCCUCUUCCUCUGACAUGAUUCAAGUGGUAUAUCAAGAAGGCAUUACUUGGCAGGCGCCCGCGGUGGCCUUGGACGACUACCUGGUCUUUGACCAACAAUCCUCCAUCGGUCUCGGGGACCCGUUGACUCGUUGGGCCAUUUGCUGCAGCCAGAAUGGACACGCUUACUUUGUCUGGACGAAGCACCACUCCUCCUACGAUGGGUUCUCUGCCCCGCUGGUUCUUCGACACAUCGAGCAGGCGUACGCCGACCUGGACUCGCCGAAGGCCUCCCAGCCGAGCCCCGUGUCUUUUGCCACCUUUAUCAAGCAUCUCCAGUGCCAGCCGGUCGGCGAGCAACGGGAUUACUGGCGCUCAUAUCUGGAAAAUGCGAGCGUUGGCAGUUUUCCUGGUGCGACUUCGACUCUCGCUGAUUUGGCCCACCCCACGCAGACCGUCAGUCACCAGAUCCAGGGCUGUGUCCCUUCGGCGCCGCUGUCAAUCACCUUUUCGAACCUGGUGCAGGCCGCGUGGGCUCUGGUUUUGUCGAAACACACCGGAUCCAGCGACGUGGUGUUUGGGGCGACAGUGUCGGGACGCAAUGUGGCUCUCCCAGGGGUGGAAUCUGUUGUGGGACCAACCUUCACCACCGUCCCUGUUCGGCUCUCCCUCGACCCCCCGGGUAUGCCGGUGGCGAAGUAUCUGUCGCGAGUGCAAUCUGAGGCCGCGCGGAUGAUUCCGUUUCAACACUUUGGUUUGCAGAAUAUCAAACACCUCGGCGAGGACAUCGCCCGUCUCUGCGACUUCGACUGUCUCCUCGUGAUUCAACCGCAUCGUCAGGUAUCGGAGAAUUCCCUGCUGGUGAUUGAGCGACUUGAGGGAUCUGGUACCUUCCGAACCACCCCUCUGACGGUUCUCGUCGAUGUCCAGGAGGGCGGGGCGGCCUUGGUCACCGCGCAUUUUGAUACCGCGUGGUUCGACCACGAGCUGGUUGAGAGGAUGCUGCACCAGCUGGGUCAAGUCCUCGAUCGACUCAUUCACGCCGCGCCGGAGACUACGGUAGCCGAUAUCGAAGUCAUCACCGAUCAGGAGCUGGACCAGAUCUGGGAAUGGAACCACCUCGUGCCCCCCGCAACCACUCAGUGCAUCCAUGACACCAUCCAAGAACAGAUCACGGCACGGCCUGCUGCCUUCGCGGUGGAAGGUUGGGAUGGCCGCCUGAGUUAUGCCCUUCUCGACGAGUAUUCAGGCAAGGUUGCCGAUUACCUGGCGGAGUCCGGUAUAUCGCGGGGAUCAUACGUGCCCCUGCUGUUCGAGAAAUCGGUGUGGGCGAUCGUGGCCGUGCUGGCCGUCUUGAGGGCCGGCGCGGCAUUUGUGCCAAUCGACCCCUCCCAUCCACGACAUCGAGUCAAGUUCCUACUCCGACAGACUGAGUCGCGCCUUGUUCUAGCCUCGCCGCAUUGCGGGUCAAUUUGCGCCGAGCUGGAGGAAGGCUACUUCAUCGUGAGUCCGGACGUCAUCGCGGGGCUGGAGCGGCGCGGUGAGUGGGAGGGCAUGCCGCGAGAUGCCUCGAGUCCGGCCUACAUCAGCUUCACGUCCGGGUCGACCGGCGAGCCCAAAGGCGCGGUGAUCUCACACUCCGCCUACAGCUCCGGGGCGGCGGGUCAUAUUCCCGCGAUCGCCAUCGAUCACCAGUCCCGGGUCCUGCAGUUUGCCUCCUUCUCGUUCGAUACGUGCUUCGAGGACAUUCUCACAACCUUGCUUGUGGGCGGAUGUAUCUGCAUGCCGUCGGAGAUGGAGCGCACCAACGACCUGCCUGGGUGCAUCAAUCGCUACGGCGUCAAUUGGGCGCACCUGACGCCAUCAGUCGCCAGUCUGCUUGAUCCUGCGAGCGUGCCAGGACUCCGCGUGCUGCUGCUGGGUGGGGAAGCGAUGUCCGGCAAACAUGUGCAGCAAUGGGCCCGCACGGUGCGGUUAAUCAACGUGUAUGGGCCGAGUGAACUGUGCGUCACCUGCGCGGUCAACCCCACUAUGAGUGAAUCGAUGCCGACCAAGAUCGGUCACACUGUCGGCGGCGUCCCCUGGAUCGUCGACCCCGAUGACCCGCAGAAACUGGCUCCUGUCGGCGCCAUUGGGGAGUUGGUGUUUGAAGGACCCAUCCUCGGCCAGGGCUACCUGCGCAACCCUCUGCAGACUGACCAGGUCUUCCUCCCUGCCCCACGCUGGCUGCAACGUGGUUCUCGGUCGACAGCGGGUCGGACGGGUUGUCGCGUCUAUCGCACGGGGGAUCUCGUUCGGUACGACCGCGAUGGCAGUCUGAUCUUCCACGGCAGACGAGACGCCCAGGUAAAGCUGCAUGGUCAACGCAUUGAACUAGGGGAGAUUGAGUGGCAGAUCAAAAGGGGAUGCCUGGAGUCCGGCGAGGUCCGGGACGUGGUCGUCCAACUGGCAACCAUCGCCCAGUCUUCUUGUCUGACGGCCUUUCUCUCUUUGACGGAUGCGCCACAGGGCCAGACGAUCCGGCUCUUGCAGACCCCUUCGUUCCUGGCCCUCGCGUCACGCAUCCAUGAUUAUUUGACCCGGGUUCUUCCAUACUUCAUGGUUCCAUCAGUCUACGUCCCCCUUGGGACGAUGCCGCUGACGCGAUCGAAAAAAAUUGACCGCAUGCGUCUGCAAGAAAUUGUCUCCGCAAUCCCUCCGGAGCAACUCGUGCGACGGUCUGCGCUGGACCAGGACGCCGACAUCGCGCCCCGGACGGCGCUGGAGAUGACAGUGCAAGAGAUCUGGUGCCGCGUGCUCAAUCGCGAAGCGGCUGACGUCGCGCUGGGAACCUCCUUCUGGUCGUUGGGCGGGGACUCAAUCUCCGCGCUGCGGGUCCUAUCCUUCCUCCGUGCGCAGGGGAUCCAGGUGACAGUCCAGAGCAUCAUGCAGUACAAUACCCUUGGCUCAUUCUGUGCGUUUCUGGAGGACAUCGAGAGCAGCGAGGUCCCGUCUUCGAGCGUCUCUGACCCGGGUACGAGUGCCACCACCGCGGACACGAGUGUGUCCGGGGAUGUAACGACGGCCGCGGCUGAAGAGAAUUGGUUCCUGCUCUCGCCGAUCCAGGCGCGGUUCUUCGAGCUGUAUCCCGAUGGAAAUCCAUCGUACCAGCUCAGCCACACGCUCACGCUUCGAAGAACUCUGGACAUGGCGGAACUUCGCACUGCGGUCGAAGCUCUUGUCCAGCGCCACCCAAUGCUACGGGCAAGGUUCACCCAGGACGACCAUGGUCGCUGGCGGCAAUGGGUCUCCCCGGACGUGUCCCAAUCAUAUAUGCUGUGGGGCUACCAAGAUGAGGCCGAUAGUCAGGAUCUGCUGAGAGCCAUGAUUCGCCGCACGCAUUCCAGCAUCAAUAUCACCACAGGACCGAUCCUAGCCGGGGAGCUGGUUACCACCCCUAACGGACAGGUUCUGCACCUGACCGCCCACCAUCUAGCGUUGGACCUCGUUUCGUGGCGCAUCUUGCUGGAAGACCUCGAGACUCUGCUCCAUCCGGGCGGGAUGCUCUCUCGCGAUGCCCCUACUGCAUCAUAUCAGGCGUGGUGCGAAGCCUUGGCCGGCGCUGCCUACGCAAGGAGCGGAGCCUGCCCCAACGACCCCGACGACGGUCUGCCCCCGUUCGCAUUGAUCCCCACCCCGUUCGCAUUCUGGGGUACCACGCCGCAAGCAACGUCUGACGGUGCCUCCUCCAACACGCGGACCGUAUCCCUGGACCCCGCGACCACCGCGCGCCUUCUCGCGCAUGCUCCCCCGCCGGGUCACGGCAACCGCCCCCGGCCCGACCUCACCUUACUCGCAAUCCUGCAGCACGCCUUCCUCGAGGUCUUCCCCGAGCGCACGGGCACUGCCCCGACGGCCGUCAACGUCUCGCACGGCCGCGACCUCUGUCUCGGGGACCGCGGCCUCGACGUCUCGCGCACCGUCGGUUGGUUCACGACCAUGUACCCGACCCAAGGCUCCCCCAUCGCGUCCCGCACCGUCCAGCAAGCGAUCCACGCCUUCACCGAGCUCAACGCCGAGAGCCACCGGCUGGCUCUACCAUUCUUCGUCGCCCGCUACCUCCGAUUGUCCCUGCAAGGGACGGAGCUUCCGGAGCAGGAGCAGCACCCUGGGAACGAGGAGGGGCAGAGCGGGGAACAAGGGAGAAUAGAUAUCCCAGAAAUCAUGUUCAACUACGCGGGCGUCUACCAGCAGCUGGAACGGCCGGACGCAUUAUUUGCGUUGAGGCGGGACACUGAGGACAAUUCGCCAGAGGAGAUGCAUAGCGAGAUGGCGCAAAUGAAGAUGCGGCAUGCCGCGGUGUUUGAGAUCGUGGCGCGGGUCCGCCAGGGUCACCUGCAGGUUGGGUUCUCCCACGGACUGGGGAUGAAGCAUCAGGCCAGGAUCAGGGAGUGGAUUCGGCGGUUCGAAGUGGAGUGUGGGGUUUUGGGUGGUUCUUGA